CUACUCUCUAUUAUUGUGGUUUAUUUGGUUGUAUUGGGAUCAUAUUUUUGCUUGGUAGAUUAACAUAUUGCUUGUGAUGAUCUCAGGGUGUCACAGAUCUUGAGAAAACUGUGCAUAUCUUGAUUAUCAAUCUGUCAUUGCUUGCCAUGACACUAUGAUCAGGUUUUCUCUUGACUCUUUAACUACAUAGAUGACUUAUUUUCCUUUUCCCUUUGAAUGCAAGCAUAUUCUUCACUUAGUAUUUCAAGUGGGGUUUCCUUUUUCUUUUCCACCUUUUUAGAUAAAAAUUUGUUCUUUGAUGCUUAGUUUUCCCAAGUUACACUUUGCUUUUUGGUGUCUAAAAUCAUCACUUAAUUGAUUAUGGCUUAAUUGUUUUUUCUUUUUAAGAAAACUUAAUUUUGAUGGUUAUGAUCAACACCUGCGUUGCUCAGACUCUUCAAUAAUGUCGACGGGUGCGUGUUGGAUCCUCCAAAAAGUAGUGUAUUUUUGGAGGAUCAGACAUGGGUGCGGCAAUAUUUUUGGAGAGUCCCAGCAACAUAGAUCAACACUAUUACACUGAUUUUUUCCUCUCUGUAGAUAAAAGCAGAUAUUUGGUCAAAGGAGGACUGUGUAGAUAACAAAUUCUAGCUCUUGAAAAUAAAGGGUGUCACAGCUCUUGAGAAAACUGUACAUAUCUUGAUCAUCAAAUGGCUGAGGUGAUUGGCCCUAGAUUGUAUAGUUGCUGCAAUUGUAAGAAUGAAGUUGCACUUCACGAUGACAUCAUUUCAAAGGCCUUUCAGGGAAGAAAUGGUCGGGCAUUUUUGUUCUCUCAUGCAAUGAACAUAGAGUUGGGGCCAAAAGAGGAUAGGCAUCUCAUGACCGGUCUCCAUACAGUCGCUGAUGUCCAUUGUUGCGACUGUCGUGAGGUUCUUGGAUGGAAAUAUGAGCGAGCCUAUGAAGAGACGCAAAAGUACAAGGAAGGGAAAUUCGUACUUGAAAAGUCAAAAAUCGUCAAGGAAAACUGGUAGUAGUCCACCCUGAAUUCUGUGAAAGGGUGUAGAUGGAUCCUACGUACGUGUUAUGUCAAUUCAUUGCUCAUUGCUGUAUAAAUUUCUUAUGUGCCCGAUUGGAUUCGUUAUGUUGAACAAUCUUGUGAACAAUAUAUCUCCAACAUCAUAAUUUGUAAAAUAUCUUGAAAUUAUAAUCUUUGCCUUACUUUGUUUCUGCUA